AUGGAGAUCGAGGGCGUCUCGUUCGAGGAGACCGGCUGCACGGGCAGGUGUGCCGACGGUCCGAAUGCGACGAUUGAGUCGGAGGGGGGGAGUUACGAUUUGAUGGGUCUGCGGUCGUGCCGCGACGUCGCGGAGGCGCUCUCGACCAAGUGCGGCAUCGAGGUCGACGCCACCCUCGUCAGCGCGACCGACUGCCGCAUGGCCGGCGUCACCGCAGCCAUGGACGGCGACUUUGAGACCGCGAUCAAGUAUUUUACCAAGGGCAUCGAACUCAACCCUCCCAACGUACACACCUUCUACGCCAACCGCGCCGUGGCGCGCCUCAAGAACAAGGACAAGUCGGCGAUGGAGGACGGGCAGACGGCGCUGGAGCUGGCGCCGGAGGGGUGGGCGGAGGACUGGCCGUGGAACACGGACAUUUCGGGGCUGAUCACCGAGUUCUAG